AUGAGUUCGCGUGUCGUCUCGGUGGCGGUGGUGGGCGCGAGCGGCUGCGAAGCGGUCCGCGGCGUGGUCGGCGUUGGAAAGUCGCUUCUGUGCAAUCGCUUCGUCGCCGCCGCCUUCGACCAAUUCUUCACAGAACAUUGUUCCGUUCUGUCCCAGGUUCGUUUUCAGAAAUCGUAAAAAAAUUCUAAUAUUGGUAUGAGUUAAUUAUCUUUAUUCAUUUAGUAAAUAGGUAUCCUGCAGAAUGACGUCUCAAAUAACUUGAACUCUGUUGAUUUUUGGUACAAUUUGCUCCAAGUAAAAAAAAAUUUGCAGAAAAUAAAAGUUCCAAAACAUUUCGAUGUAUGAAAUUAGGCAUAACUGUCUUCAAAGAUAAAAAUUUUGUUGUCUGAUCAAACGUCGCAAUUUGUUUGCGACACCCACUUUAGAAGUGUUUGUCGAGCUUUUGAAGAGAUCAGAAAUCACUUUUUUUGUUUUGUUAUAAUUGUUCAAUCAAUUUUAUUGAAGUAAAAUUUCUCGAAUUUCUUUUUUUGCAGACGGAUUUUUGCUGGUUCGCCGGUUAUCAACAGCGAACAUUGGCUGUACUGGGGCGAGCGAAUAUUGACGACGGAAGAAAAUUCGAACGUCGUCAUCCGGUUAAUUGAGCAGACGGGUAGGUAUUCUCAUCAACAAAUUUAUGUUUUUGAUUUUUUUUUCCUUUAUUUCCUGGUUUUAAAAUGGUUUUCCAGUAUUUGGAGGCUUUCGAGAAGUAUUUUAGACGGUUUUGAGAGAUUUUCGUAUUAAAUUCUCCUAAAAGUGGUUCUAGUGAAAGUGUUUUUAAAAGAAUUUAUCGUUCUCAUAGGCGGAAGGAGUGUUUUUCUCUAUCUGAAACAAAAAAGGGGAUGUAUAGUAAGAGAAACGUUCACCUGUUCUCUCUGAGAAGCCGUCAGCUGCUCAUUUCCAGUGUUCACUAUCGCACUAUUAUCUUUUUCUGCUCUUUUUAGCACUUCUCACCUGGAAAUUAACGAUUUGAGUGUGAAGUAUUUGUUUUUGCAGAGUUCCUCGACGAUGAAACGUACGAACCGAUCGCGGGGCCUUCCAAGGAAGAAUAUUGCAAACGGGCGGCCAAAAUCAACCUGAGCAGUCGCGACAAAUUGAUGUAUAUUAGAAAGGUGAGAACCUGGGCUUUUUACCAAGUUCUUGAACUCUUUUGAAAUCAAGGGUUUCAAAAGAAGCUCGUUCAAAUUUAAGUUAUCGGACAAAAAUCUUUUUUCUUUUUAAUUUUUCACUUUACAAGCAGGUUUUUUGUUCACUUUUUCGAGUUUCUUAGAAGAAUUUGAAGCCUCAUAACUUUUCUAAAGAUUUCUGAAAUGAAAAAAAGCUUUUGAAUCUUCAAAAUUCAUAGUUAUUUUUGAUAAUUAUUUAUUUCUCUGUAAAAGCUUAUUUUUUAAGUUUUUUUUUAAAUUGUAUUUUUACUGAGUUUUUAACCUUGCUCAAAUCGAGCUGAUUUACCCAAAUGUCCCGAUUUGUAGGAACAACUAGGGCUGGAAGCCGAUUUUCCGCAACACGCGCUUCCCGACGGAAAAUUCUCCGUCGAUGCUUUCAUCGUCGUGUGCGACGUCAGCAAGGCUUUCAUGCAGAACCAUGAAACGUCCGUUUUUAUCAUUUCCAAAAGAUUUCUUUCAGUUUCAAUCAUAUGUUUUUUUCAGAAAGAUGAAAUUCUUGUCCUCGUUGCUGUCGAACGUGGUGAAGACGAAGAAGCCGGCGAUAAUCGCCCUGACAAAGUCCGACCGAGUUGACGAGGAAGCGAGAAGAGCAGUCAUGACCUUGCUCGCCAGAAAAGAGUUCAAAGCCAUAUUUUAUCCUCCGGUUAGUUUUUCUUUCGUAAAAAGGUUCUUUUUUCAAAUCGUUAUCUUUUCUGAGAGGAUUUCUGGCUACAAAUUCCUGUUUCUUCAUUCGUUUUUUUUUUGCAGUUGGAGAAAUUUUUUUUUGAAAUAUAUCGAGCUACACAAUUUGAAAAGAUCCUUCAAUGUCCCUUGUUGAUUUAAUAGAUUUUUUGAUAUUUUUAGACGAUUUGCAAAACUUUGUGCGAAAAAAUAACGUUUUUUGAUUUUCUCAAUGUUCUCAAUGAGGAGCACCUGCAAACAUUCUCGAUUUUCUCUCAAGGGACCACUUUUUUUCCUUAGCCCUUUUGAUACUUUUUUUCAGUAAAAUGUUUUAAGAUCGAAGUUUCCUCCAUCUUCAACGUCAACGUCGACGAGAUUUUUUUCACCUCGCUUGUCAUUUGGUUCUGAAAAAAAUAAGCUGAAAAAGAAAGGUUUUAUUAAAAAAAUCCUCAUUUUUCAUUCUUUAUUUAUUAUGUUCAGCCUUUGCCCUAUAGUGAAGCGGCUUUUUUUGGUAGAUGAAUCUAGGCAAAGAAUAAAGUUGGUUUUUCCAAAUUUAUUAAUGAAAAAAAUUGGAAAUAAGAAUAUUUCAGAUCAGUCUAUCUUAAUUUAUUGUCAUCGGUGAUUCCUGUGAAAAGCUGGCCCGCGCAGAGGUUUACAUGGAAUCGGUAGGUUUCAAAUUUUUUAAUUGAAAAUUGAUGAGGAAGCAGUUUUUUUUUCAAAAUAUUAAAUCUCCUACCAGUUACUGAGGUGACUGUUAAGCACACAUCAGUUUAAUUAAUUUAGUCAAGCAUUUUUUUUUUUUGAACUUUUUUUUUUCUCCAAGCAAUCAUCACGUAGUUUGUACGAGCGAUUUUUGAAUAUAAACAACUAAAAAAAAAGUUCAAGUUUUAAAGUGUUCGAAAAAUGAAUAACUCAUCUUACAGGCUCCUGGCUGAUCUCGACCGACACCCGGAUUUCAUAGCUUUUGUCAAAAUUUUCGGCCAAAGGGAGGCUUACAAUCUCUACGAGCAACAUGUUUGCGAGGCGAAAGAACACUGGAUGAGCUCCAAGUUCGAUUUACAUCUUUUUUUUGUUUAGAAAAAUGUUUGAAAAAAAGCUUCAUCGUCAUCAAUGAAGCUUUCCACUUGGAAAAAUUGAAAUGAAGAACUUUCAAAAUCAAAAAUAGCAAAUAUAAAAUACCUAUUUGAAGUUUCUUCACCAUUUUUUUCCUCUUCAGACUUCGAUCCUUUAUUCCGCAACUUCCACAAAUCUUCGCGACCCUACUGGAACGUCCAGAUUUCGAGGAUUUGGACUGGAGUCUGGCCAAAGAAAAAAUCGUCUCUCAUGCCCUUUUUGAUGACUUUUUUCAGCCUAUUGGCAGCUUGGGUUUUUCAAAAUGGAAUUUUACUGUUAAAACAAGAAAUAUAUUUGUAGGUCGUCAAUUGGAUCCGAUGACGCCUGAUGGUGACUAUUACUCUCGAGGCGAUCCAAGAGUUCCGGCGGAGAUUCUCAUGCGCGAAGAGGCUCGCUACACUUUCGAGAGUUUCAAGGUAAAACUUGACUUGACCAGCCAAUUCUGAGUAAGGGUCGUCUGAAAGUUGCGACUGAAUCUGGGAAAUUAUCAACCCUGACAUUUUAUAUAUUAUCAAAUUACAGGAAAGGUUAUUUUCAUGUGAAGUUUGAAGGUCUCCAAAAAAAUUUUCAAACCUGUGACAGCUGCGAAAGUUUUUAUUUUGGAAUUGUGAACUUUGAAAAUUGAAAAACAAUGGUUUCAAGGUUAAUCCAGCAUUGAACGCAAACUUCAAAAUACAUAUUUUCAAAGCCGAAAAUUUAUUAAAUUUCUGAGAAAAUUUCAAACUUCACACUGAAAUUAUGUUGAUUUUCAGUUGAGUUGCCUUUUAAAGUGUAGAUUUUUCCGCUUGAUCGUUCUAUUACCCAUUUGUUACAAUUUAAAACUGUCUUACUUGUCUGAGCUCUCCUUUCCCUCACCGGGGCAGUAGGAGAAACGUAAAAAAGUGAAUGUAAAUGAAAGCUAAAAGCCGCUGAUCCAAGCCAAUAAGAUUAGGAAACUUUUUUCCCAGAAAGAAGCGGAAACAGCGCGAAGAAAAGAGAAGCUGGAGGAAGAUUUCGAGAACCUUCUCGCCGAGUCCAAACACAUCACACCCGGGAAACCGCUCAAAGAAGUUCAUUUGUUCCUCCAGGUUUUCAUAGUUUCCAAAAAUCCAGUCUGACAACUUUAUUUGAGGGUUUUCCCGCUUUUGAUUUACUCUCACCAAAUCAAGCCGCAACUGUCUACGACCGUUAUCAGGUACAAAGACUUUUAUAAUUUAUACUUAUUUCCUUCACAAAAAUGACUAGGAAUGAAGAUAGGAGUAAUAAGUUAUCGAAUUUUGGAUGUAGGGUGAAAAAAUAGAACCCGAUUUUGAGACCUAGUGAUGAUACCGCGACUAAUAGUUUUCAUUACGAAGGUUUUGGCUCAGCCAAAUCAAAAGAUUCUUCAGAACGACCUGAUGAAAAGAGCCGAAUGCGAGUUCAUCGAAUGUCUUCUGGAGUACGUCGAGCUGUUCACUGACUCUCUGAAACGCAUGCACUAUGAAAAUCUGACUCCUGCCCAGUUGAACGUGAUCAAAGACGUCCUGGAGGCGGACUUGAGGUUAGGAUAUUGAGAUAUUUUUGAGUAAUUUUGUUUUGAACUAUUUAUUUUUCGAGCUUACUGAAUUGAAAUAAGGUAACAAAGAGGUUUAUAGUUGGCAGAAAGAAAGCCUUUGUGUACAAUAUUUUUAAAAAAACUUCUUUCAUUAAGAAUCUUAGUUACUAAUAAAAAAAUGAUAAUUUUUCGAAAGGUUUCAGAAAACCUAAAAAGAAAAACUGUAGAUAAAAAGUUCUUACGAAUAAUCCAGUAUUGAAUAAAAAAAUUUUUAAAGAGCUACAAUUAUUAUUAUCAAAUAUUGGAAAAAUUUGGAAGACUUUUUAAGAUUAAAAAAAGUUCAAUCAUGAGUUUUGAAUUUUUAGAAAAUCGAUCUUCUUCGUGUUAUUUUCCACUACAUUCUUUUUUCCACUACCCAUUUCUGCCUUUUUUUUUCUCAACAUAUGCGAUCCUUUUUUCUUUAUUCACUUCUCGUCUAUUUUUUUCAUUCAAAGAAUCGUUUUGAAGGUACCGAUGGUUGUCGAGAGUUUUCGAGCUCCGGGAAAAGCUCAUCCUCGAUAUGUAUUCUUUUUGGCGGCAGCCGAGUCCGCCAAAAUGUUUCAACGGAUCGAGAUGCGCAGAUUUCGUUGUUCCAGACGCCUUGGAGAAGUUUUUCCAUAGGUUUUGGUCAUUUCGAAUAUUUUCCCGUUAGUUUUCUUUUACAGGAGAAACGACAACUCUUACGUUCAUUUGGUGGAUGUGACAGUGCAUGGAGACACUUCGAUCGUGGCUCAGUUUAUCACCGAAAUCAACGUGAGAUUUUCGGAUUUUCAAUGAUUCAGUUAGGUUUCUGGAUCAGUGAAAAUGAACUUCGAUCUGAGUCGUUUUUUUUUUAUUGAAGAUUAUAAGUUUUUUUUUUGGAAGUAUGGAAACGCAUUUGCCUCAUAGGUUUUAGUAGAGAUAUAAUCAUAUGAUUGUAACAUUCAUGAGAUUUUGAAUUUUUCAGUGUUUCCUGCACAGCGACCCUUUUCAAAGCGGCUGCGGCUCUUCUUUGAUUCGCUGUUUCGGCGAAAUCGAAGGCGAUGAUCGCGAUUCAAGCCGGACCAAUGUAUAUUUGAUUGGUGGGUUUUUAAUGAGGAAAUAGAGUUUUAUAGUUUUUCUGAAGGUUUUGGCGGUCUUUUGCACUUUUCAUAAGUCAAAAAAGUGGUCGAACUAGUUUCUGAAGUGAAAAGAACCUAUUUUUUCGAAUAUUCUUUUCUCAUUCUAAUUUGAAGGACUCUCCGAAAAUCUUAUUUUCAGACUCCCUCGACUCACUGCACACGUUCCGAGAGAAGGAGAAGGUCCGCAAUGGCUACAUUCCUUCGCUUUUUGUCGUCGUCUGCGACCCCUCCAACUACGACCUGAUUCCUGUCCUCCAGCAGCACGUACUGAUUGAUUCUCUUGAUUCUUCUUCAUUUUUGUUCAAUUUUCAAAUCAAUACUCAGGGCGCGAAAUUGGCCGCCGAAUGCGACGGCUCCUUCUUUGGCGUCGGUUCGACGUCUGGAGAUGAUACGACUUGUCCCUCUUUCUCUAGUGAUUGCAGCUCGUUGAUUGGGUAAUUUUCGAUUUAAAAAUUGAUAAAGGGGUCAAUUCGAAAGGACUUGACUCAGAAGAAAUUUUCGUUUUGUGAGAUUUUCCCUCUAGGCCGAGUUUGAAACUACAGGGUGGCCAAUAAAUAUUGAAACCGUUUUUUGUUUGAUCGCUGCUUUUUGCACAAAGGACUGGCCAUUGAAUUUUUUUGUUUAUUUCGUUCAUUCAUGCUCACUUAUCAUGUGUUUGAAGUUACAGAUCAUACUUUUCAGUUUUCAGGUAAUGGUGGCCCAUCUCCGUACCGUACCGCAUUCAUUGAUUGUGUCAAAAGCUGAAUGACAAAUUCAGAGAUCGUUAAAAAGCUGAAAGUGUCUCGUGUUCUCGUUUUUCGAACUGCACAACGCUAUUGGCGUCUCGGUACUUCAGAUGACAUUCAAAGAAGGGGACGUCCAGUCACCGUCACGACUCCAGAAGCAGUCAAAGCCGUUCGAGAGAAAAUCAGACGCACUCCGGAAAGAAGCGUGAGAAAGAUGGCAAAAGAAGACGAAAUGAGUCGAGAAUCGAUGAGAACUAUUGUCAAGGACAAGAUGAAGAUGAUUCCCUACCGUAUGCAGAAAGGUGCCUUCCUCAAUCAAAAAAAACAAGACAUUGCGGAUGAAAAAGGCUCGAAAGCUGCUCGCUGGCACGAAAGAUGACUCGCAUCUGACGACGCUAUUUACCGACGAGAAAAUCUUCACUGUGGAGGCGAACAACAACGGCCAAAACCAUCCGAUCAUUGCUACUGACUAUCAGAGUGCCUGUGAAAAAGGAAAAAUUCUGAAUAAAACUUCGCAUCCGGCUUCCGUGAUGGUUUUUACCGGAAUUACCGCUGACGACAAAACUCCGCUGAUUUUUGUGGAUCCUGGAGUCAAAGUGAACCAAGUAUACUACAGGGAGUAGAUUUUAAAGUUGAGGGUGUUGCCCUGAGCCAGUUCUCACUACGGAAACCGACCAUGGACCUUCCAGCAAGACGGCGCCCCCACUCAUCGUGCCAAAGGGACUCAAGAGUGGUGUCGCGCCAAUUUUCCGAGUUCAUCUCGGCUGCUGAUUGGCCUGCUUCCUCGCCCGACCUCAACCCGAUGGACUAUACCGUGUGGGGAUAUCUGACCGAGAAGGUCUCUUCUAAGAACUACCCAAGUAUCAAAGCUCUGAAGACCGUGCUCAUCAAGAAAUGGGACGAAAUCGACGACGACUACCUUCGUGCCGUGAUCGAUGCGUAUCCGAAGAGACUGAAGGCCGUUAUCAAAGCUAAAGUAGGAAGUUUUGAAAAUUAUUCUUGAAUUUUGUUUCUAUAUUGUAUGAAUAAAAUUUGUUCCAAGUUUGGUGGUGUUUGGUUGACUUUUGAGAUAGUUAUAACGUUUCAAACGCGUUUCAAUAUUUAUUGGCCACCCUGUACCUGACGCGAAAAUUAGUGGAUUUUCUUGUUUGAUUUUUUUAGCUUCGCUUUUAUUAUGGAUAAAUUUUCAGUAGAGAGCGUGUGAUGGGAAUUUGCGACGCGAUCUGCUCUUCCCAGUUGACCAGAAGAAGGUCUGAUCUGAGGAUUCAGGUGUGUUUUUGAGUGAUAAUGAGCCCAUGAUCUGGAUCUUACUAAUUAAGCGAAUCUUUAGUUUGAAUCUAUAAUUCGUGCUUCAAUAUACUAUAUAUUACAGUUGAAACAUAUAAAAAACGUAAUAGAAAAAAAAUCUCUUAAAUUGAAUAAAAAAAUUCAUGGUUAUAUCACAAAAAAAAACAGAAAAAAUGUGAUGUAAAACCUUGUAGGUAUCGCUGAUGUGUGGCGACCCUUACUCGUUAGACGCCCUUUCUUGGGACUUUUUUGGUGGCGUCGAACAACUCGCCACAUUCAGACCCAUCGUUCAUCCCAACCUCAUCAAUGGCAAGACUUCUUGUGUCUCCUUUCCAAAGACGUCUUUCAGUUGGACUCGUGCCGGUGGACAUCUUCCGGGCAGAGGCUGAGAACGAAGCCACGUCCAGGACUCGGGUCGACUUUACUUUCGGUAGCUAUCAUUCCUGGAUGACGGCGGCUCCGACAAUCAGUUCAGCCACGGGCCAACUUCGACCCCCCGUCUAUCAUCAUGGACAUAUCUUCGUCUAUUCGACAAGGUGGAUAAUUAUUUCCGAAACAGGCUUCAAAGUUUGCAACCUUUUAUAAAUUUCAAGCUCUAAUUUUAAGCCUGCAACGUAAGCGUAACGCUUCAAAAACGUCCAAAGCAUGGCAGUUUUAAAUUUGAAAUAAGUAUGUAAAAAAACCCUUUUCUUCAUCUAAAUUUCUAUGAAAAAUUUGUCACUUUGAGUUUUUUUGAGAAAAAUUUUUCAAAGCUAAUGGACUUCAUUAAGACUUUUUUUGAAGUUUCGAAAAAAAGGAGCAGAAAAAAUUCACGAAAAGUUUAAAAAUCUAAUUUCCGAAAAAAAUCCAAAUUUCUUGUUUGUUGUUUUGAACUGUCUCUAACUUUUUUGCACCAUUCCCAAGGGUCAAAAAUCUGCAUCCACGGCAUUUUCAUGAAUGAAGCUGAGUGUUCUUUUAUUCGUUAAUUAGUACAAGCUCGAAAAGUUCUAGCCUACAAAGCGUUCCAUUUGGCCUUUUUUGUUCUUUUCUCUACUUCUGUCUCUUUAUUUGUGCCUGCAGACGGGUGGCCUCAUUUGCACACGCGCGUGCCGCAAUUAGUCGGGUGCUGGACGACGGCUGGACGAGCGUCAGCGGCAAGUCCAUUCUCCUCGUCGCCCUUCUCGACCAUCCAGAUCACGUCUCCUACGUGAGUCUCCAUUUCACGAUGCGUAGCUGCUUUAUUUCUUUUUCGAAAAGUCUUGAAAGUUUCACAGAGGGUAGAUUUUUGGGUUGAAACAUUGAAUCAUCAAGAUGAGUUGAAAAAGCCGAGUUCACUGACUGCGUCUGAAAAUCAGAAGUUGUUUUUAGAACUUUAGGGGUAGUUCAUAACUUAUUGCACUUCAGGUUUACUCAAAAAAUUCAGCCUCUUUUCAAAGAUAAUGAUAAAUGGCUGUGUGAGAUCUUUCAAAACUCUUCAGUAUUUGCUUUUUCGCGGUUUUCAAGUAGUAUUUCCUCCUCAAGCGUUCCCUCGAGUGACUCCUCUGGGAAGAGCCAAUACCCGACCUAAUUACUGAGUCAUGCAGCCGUUUGCAGCCGGCGUCGCUUUCCGUCUGCUCGAAUAAUUGAACCCACCAGGCCACGCCCACUUUUUCUCAACAAUUUCUCUUCUGAGAAAUGCUAGGAGCCACUUAAAUGCUUUUCGAGAUGGAGAGGGUGUAGAGUAGUCAGAAAAACAUUGGUAAAACGAAAUAAUAUAAUGCAUUGUUAUAUAGAUUUUUUCCUGACAAGAAAGUAGAACCGAAAAAACCUUACACGUAAUUUUUUGCUUUGAUAAGAAAACCACAGAACAUAAAUUAGCAUUAAAACAUUUGAAGAUAUUUUUUCUCCUUUUUGGCUCAGUCGCAAAGACAAUUUUUCUUAUUAUUUUCAAACUUUUUGUUUGGAAACGAAAAUCUAAGUUCGAAAAAGUUCAGAGUACGUGACUAUAAUGAAAAAAGAAAUUUCUAUCUCACUUUUUUUUCUUUUUUUUGAAGUCUCCGGCUUCUUUGUGCUUGAGGUCAGAGGGUUUGGAAAUUUUUACUGAAAGGGUCGAUUUGAGGCGUUUUUUCUUGCGAAGAAUAUCGUAUUCUCCAACAUUUGCCUCUAAUGUCCUUUUAUGGGCUUUUUACUCGUAAAGAAAAGCGAUUUUCCGCGGAUCGCUAUACUUAAGAUCCAAUUCUCCGUGUAUAACACCGGCCAUUUGGAGAGUCAACCUACUCCAAAAGAAUAAUUGAGCCCAACCGACCACGCCCACAUUUUAUUGGAUUUUCCUGCAUUUUGCGUAUGAAAUGAGGGAGAGAAAAAGGAGAGGGAGAAGCUUAGGAUGAGAAGAGAAGACAAUGGGGCAACUUCAUUGUGGCUCGUGUCGACGUUGUCUUUUGGAGGCGAAAACGGCGUCCUCGUCCUCCUCGCUGCUGCGGAUAAACGGAAAGGGAAACAUUGGAGCGAGAUAGGGAUGUGUGGGAGCAAGCCCGCGUACAAGUACUUGAGUCCGCAAGAGAGCGCCAGACUCCCAGUUUCCUCCUAAACCGCAUUUUUUUUUUUCGUUUCAGUGACUUUCACUUUAUUUAUUCCCAUUUUUAAGCUUAAAGGAAGUUUUUCGGUUUUAGGAGGUCUUCGUUACGUUUGUUUUAGUUCUUAGAUUUUUAGGAAAUCAUCAAUCAACUCGGUCUUUUUUUCUUCUACUAAAGGAUUGCUUUUAAAAUAUCAAGACUUGUUUUAGGUUUUCAAUAAUAAGAUAGGUAUAAAUUGACUUAGACUCAUCUGUCGAUUCCUUUUUCGAGAUUCUGGUGCAGUUUUUCUAUACAAUUUUCUGUUUAUUUUUCCGGAGAUUUCAGGAGUUAGGCUUCGCUGAAAAUUUCAAGCUGUUUCUUCUUUUCGUUUGUUUCUUAGGCAGUUUUUCAGGUAAAAUAUUGCUAAAAUCUCUCGAAGUAAUUUUUUUCACACUUUUCUUUUUUUUUGUGCAACAAAAAACCAACAAAAAAUUCUAUUUAGUAGUACUUGAGCCUUUUUUCAUUUUCUCGUUGAGAUCUCUCUUUUUGAUCGCUUUGGUUUUUUUUUCGAGAGGCGAAACUCAAAAAGUUGAAAGGGCAGAGGAAUUAAAAGUUCUAGAAAAAGUAUUGGAAAGUUGCAAAGUUCCGAAGUAUUUUUAAUAUUUCCGCAGUUUUCUUGGAGAUGUCGUGAAAUUCCAAAAGACAUGUAAGAUAUAAUUUUUUUUUGAAAUUUGACUUCAAUUUGUUGCAGAACCUUUUAAAAAGAAUCUCAUGCGCUGAAUGUUUUAAAACACGGAUUUUUAAGAUGUAUCGGCGUUUAUCGUUCUGGAAUUCGGUCCCUAACUUUUCCUGAAUUUUUGAUUGACCGUGCUCAUUUUUCUCUCUUUUUAUCGUACUUCUCAGGAGAGCAACGUGUUGCUAACAGAGGGCAGCGAGUUGUCGACGAGCAUCGGGGCGCGGUUCAUCGCCGUCGCGAGCAACGAACUUCUGACGCCGGACGUCGUCGAGUUCGUCUUCGCCUUGCAGAGCAUGGCCAUGCCCAACUCCUCGACCACCGUCAGCGACAAGUACCGUUACAGGAACUCGCAGAGGUAUCAAAAAAAAAAAAAAUAAAUAUAAGUUUGCACAAUUAGCGAUUACAAGAACCCAUCGAAUCUAGUUAUUGUACAAAUAUUCAAGAAACUUUGAAGUUCAAGUGACAUUUCCUAACAAGCCGAAGUCAUACUGCUUGCCACGCAUUUAACAAUAGGGCAAAGUGGCGACAAAUAACCAAUUCAAAGGAGGUUAUGAUUCAUAAAAUCAACUGCAGCACCGACUUCUUCCCCGUCGUCGAACACGUCCGACCGACGACCCUCCACCUCAAAACGCCCACCAGCAUCAACAGUAUGUCCGACUCGUGUCUCAAAUGUUUUCUGGCAAUUUUCCUAGGAACGGAUCCGCCUCGUCGAGCCGCCGCAGCCGUCGCCGCUUCUGCCGCUGCUAAAAACAACAAUAAAACGACUUCGAAUGGCGAGGCGACGUCAUCUGCCAAGGCUGACGUCAACUCGACGAGGAGUAACAAGUUUAGGUCCGGAGGCAGCUUCUUCUUCUGUUUUUUUUUUCCUUUUUUCGAUUAUCCAGACUUUUGAGGAUAGGUUUUCCUUGUCAGUUGAGCUUCUACAUGCUUAUAACUAAAUAUUAGGCCUUUGUCUUUUUUUUCAAAUUUUUAGAAGGGCGAUGAGAAUGAUUAUAUUCAAAUACAAAAUUUUCGUGAACGUUUCGAGAUCGUCGAAAUCGAGUUUGAGGAGUUCGAAGCGGUAGAGACGCUAAUUCUUUUUAUUUACCUGACUUUUCUCGAUUCUCUAGACUUUGAAGACCAAAAGGAUCCUAUGUUAUUUGUUGAUCUUGCAACUAUUUUGGAAGAACUUCAAGUGACUUCUUGCUGUUUAUGAUCUAUAAAACGGAUUGUCGUUCAAUCAUGCCCAAAAUGUUCAAAAACAGCGUUUGAGCAAGACCGAAAAUGAAGAGUUUUAUGAGUUUCAAGCGGCGAAGCUUCUUUUUUUCUCUUUUUUUUUUGAGUCUUACAUCUUUUGUGUGGAGACUCUUCAUUAUUCUAUUUUUAUUCUAUUUUUUGAGGCUAAGGUUCCAGCUCUCGGAAACUCCGAAAAAUUUUUUUUUUCGAAAUUUUGUUUAAGGAUUUUUUUAUUCUGUUAGAAACCUUAGCAUUCGAUUGUUUUGGCCUCUGCUCUUUCUUGAUGCGGCCUUUUCAAUUGAAGUAUACGAGUUUUUGCAUUGAAGAGGCUCUUUUGAUGAAUAUGAUUGUGCUGUUCUUCAAUAGUUGGUAUUCUCACUGGUUUUUUGGAGACUUCUUGAGCUUCAUUCUUUUCAAUUCUCACUGUAAAGUCUAGCUUUUUUAUGGGGAUGUACUGGCGAUGUUUUUUCUGUGAUUAUUAAGUUUGAAAAAAUUAUCAUAAUUUACUUGAGAAGGACUCCGUGUGUUUUAUCUCAAAAAUGUUCAAACGAGUUUUUUUUUGAAAUUUUCAUUCCGAGUUUUCAAAAAAAAAAUGUUUUUGAUGUUCUAGCUCUAUUUCGAUGAAUAGGAAGUUAAAUUUUUUUUUUUUUGAACAAAAGCGAUGCAUUUUCCUUUUCACACUAAAUUAUGUGCAUUGUUGAUUAUUUUCUAGUUUUUUCGAUCUUGCAAAGUGGCCAUUGUAUUAUUUCUAUUUGCAUUUUGAAUUUUCAGAAAAGAAAUGGUCAGCAGACCCGCCUUGAUGCCUUCGCUGCCCAUGAACAUUAGGAAGAGCGAAAGUUUUCAGGUCAGUUUUGAUUCUCCAAAUUUUUUUUUCAUAAUUUUUUAUUCAAGUUAGAGAUGUUUUAUUUUGCAGACAGCGCCGCUAGCGACUCCAGAAAUGGUUGAAAUUGCGCCGGAAUACUCGUUGGUCAAAGUAUGUUUGAUUAAAUUCGAAAAAUGACAAGAAAACUUUUAUUUUAGGAUGCUCUGUCGUGUGAUGAGCACAUUUACGAAACACUAGACCAUGCAGUUUUGAAGAAGAAAACGACGCCAAGCAGUACGGCUUCGUCUACUGGCUCGAGGGGAAAAACGGUAACUUUAUCACAAUCUUUUUGAAAAAAAGUUUUUUUCGAAUUGUAUCAAAUGUUUUUUUAAUUUUUUUAAUGUGUCAUGAAAAACUUCUCAGAUUUCACAUUUUAGCAUGCUGUUUUAGUAGACUUGAAAUUUUCUACGUUAAUUGAUCGUUUCAAUUUUUUUUUAUCAUUUCGGAAAACAAGGUUGUCUCAGCGUUAUAAAGUUUUUUUGAGCAGAAAGUAUCGAUUUUUUUUUCAAAUUUUUCUUUUUUCAGUCAAAGAACAGCUUGACGUCUGAGACACUUUCACAACGCGACAACCCACCAAAUUCAGGUAAUUUUACUUUUUCUAAAAAAACAAAAUAUUUACUCUGAUUUAUCUCCCAAAGAAAGAGAAAUUUCAUAUUAGUUGAAGAUUACAAUUUUACAGCUUGGAGUUUAGAUUUUUUUAAAUUUAUUAGUCUCAAAUAUUUUGCGUGUAUCAAAGAUUUCAAAUGAGUCCUUUAAAAUUGGUUUACAACUUGAAGAAAAAAAUUUUAACUGCUGUCUGUAUGAUGACUUUUUUUGAAAAAAACUGCGACCUUCAAAGUAUUUCACAAAAAACAAAACUAUUAAAAGAUCAUCACUUUUUCUGUUUUCAAUCGUUGUUGUGUCGUAAAUCCGUCGUGUUUUGUAUUGAAGAAUCGUGUCGCGCCGGUCGAGCCGUGAGUAGACGUGCCAGAACGGCGUUGCCGGCGCUGAUGGAGCCCAUCCAGCUGCACAGGACGACGAAUCUGACGCCGACUCUUCUCGUCAACUCCUCCUCGCCACCGACGGCCAUCCGACCUGAAAUCAUGUCUCGGAGCGUCACUGUCGCUGUCAUCAACCCCUUGAUAACCUCUCCGAGGCGACUGAAGAAAGCCGACAUUGGUCCUCCAACUGCGACGCUGCGACAGUCGUUCAGUGCCGAAUCGCUGUCCCAAGCAGCCGUCGGAGAGAAGAAGGCCAAGCGAAGGGACUUCAGCGGCAAUCGCUUCGUCAGGAAGGUCGCCACCUCGUUCCGAUUCAAGAAGGACAAGCUGGAGGAGAAACGAGAUGAGGGAAGGAAGAGCGAAGAAGCGGCUGAAAGAAGGGACGUCGUCGAAGAACCGAUCGGCUCCAGAAGCCUGCCUCAAAGCCCUCAGGUCGACCGCAAGCAGGCUAAGAAAUAUGCAUCCCUCAGCAAGUUUUUCUUUUUUUUUUUUGGUUGAUUCUGGUGGAGGUUGUGGUUGAGUUUUUUUUUUAUCGUUUGGAGAUGAGUUUUAUCAUUAAUGAGCUUUGCAGAGCUAGAGUUUGUAUAUAAAAACUUUUUUUUUGAUAAUUUGCUUGAUGAUUUACUCUUGAGUUUAUUGGUUUUGCUCUCAAGUCUGAAGUUAUUAUUUAGUCGCUUAUGGAUAGUAGUCAGUAAAAUUUGGUAAAAAAACUAUUUUUUUGGUUAUUCUCAGGGCUUUCUUUUCAUUUAUGUGCGACAAAACGGACAUUAUAACAAAUUUAAGUUGAAUUAAUUAGUAAAUUCAAUGUCCCGAAAAAAAAGUUAAAAGUUUCGGAGAUAAAAAUGAUAUGUCGGUUUUUGAAAGUUAUUUGAAGAGUUUAACGCAAAGAGUGAAAGCUAUAUCACCGUAUUUAGGUUCGAAAUGAAGUAAUUUCAGAUGCCACUGAACGAGUGACCAACGCCCUUUCAUGGCUCCCGUCGAGGUCUCCGAAGAGGUCGAAUAAAAGCGCCACUACUGAGGUUUCUUCAUUUUAUUUAUAUUGCUUUUGAGAUUUUCCCCAAAAAAUGGAGGAUUUUCAAUAAAUUCAGAAAAAGGAACAUGUGAAAAGAAGAGACAGAAAUUCGACUCGUUUAUUGCCGAAAAGUUUUGAAUUGGCUAUUGUGAGCUCAUGGAUUUUCCGGUGUGAACAGAUUGGAUUUUUGGAAUUUUUUUUUUGAAAAGACUUUUUUCAGAGCUUUUUACGAAUUAGGUAGUCAAAAAUUGAGUUUUCUUUAUAACACCAAAAAAGCAGCUAAACAAAAAAAUCAGGAAGGUUGACUUUUAUCACUCUUUGAAGUUGAUCCAGUUUUGAAGAUGCAGGCAGAGAAUCUCUAUAAUGCGUAUAAGAGUCAUUUAGAACGUUUUUCGCGUAUUUUUCACAAUCAUCUUUCCAAAAAUACUUUAUUUUAGCCUAAUUUUUUUUUUCUUUUGAAAGCUAAUUAUUUGAAUUGAGUAUUUCAUUUUUGCAGAUAGCUUCUUCGGUGUCGAGUUCUUCGACGACGAGCGUUUCCGCUCAAGGAGUUGUCCUGCCGGAGGACACCCUCGAUUCUCUUUGUGCCGCCGCCUCUGGAGGCGUUCCCGAUUUCGUCUCCCAGUGUAUUUCGAUCAUUGAGGAGGUCUGAACCAUUUUUUACAUUCGAAGAGAAAGUCUUCAUGGUUUAAAAAUUAAAGAAAAAUAUAUUUUGAGUCAUUUUUGAGUGGAUUUUAUUGAUCAUAUUAUUUUUUCAGACGGGCGGUCUGGAAUCCGAAGGAUUGUACCGAGUACCCGGAAAUCAGGCCCAUGUUCUAGACGUUGAAAGGAUCUAUAGGGAUACGGUUAGAUUUGUUAACGAAAUGAGUAAGAAAGACGAUUUCCAGGGUGUUGUCGAUCUGUCUUCAGCGGACGUGCCGGUACACGUUGGAGCCACGGCGCUGAAGAAUUUCUUCAGUUGUUUGCCGCUUCCAUUAAUUCCGACAGAAAUACAUUCUUCUAUCAUUAGUUGUGUUUCUGGGGAACCUGUGAGUUUUCGAAGCUUCGAAUCAUCAUGUUUUUGGUUAAAAUGACUUGAGGUUCUUAAAAAAAAUCGCCAAAAAGUAGCGAGCUUGCACUCCACAGAAUAAACAAUCUUUCAAGUCCACAAACAUUUGAAAAAUGGUAAUCACACGGAAUUUAAUUUUCAAAAACUAUAAAAGGUUGUUCUGUUCUCACAUUUCUCAUUUUGCUUCCUGCUCGAUCAAUAAAAAAAACCUUGCUCAGAACUUGGAUCAACUAAAAAUGGCUCUGAAUGGACUCCCAUCCUGCAAUCGAGACGUUUUGCAAUUUUUGAUCAAACACUUGCAAAAAGUAUCGCAAUCCCCAGUUACCGCCAUGGACAUGACCAAUUUGUCGAAAGUUUGGUUCCCCACUCUUUUUAGGUAUGUUCUAUUUAUUCUCAACUAAAUAAUCAUCACUCGUUCCAGACCAGCAUUCAACAGCUACGAAGCCUUGUCCGCUGGUACCCAUCUCUACCAAAAAGCCAUGGAAGUAAUAUUCGAAAACGCCGAUUCAUUGUUAUAAAAUUAUAAUUAUCACUUUCUUUGUUGAAUUUUCUCCAUUUAUUGCUUCCUUCUUCGAUUGCCCUCCUACUAAUACGUGUACAUAAACUUAAUGGUGAGAGAACUGACGAAUCAACGAAUCCCGUGAACUGAUGCACCAUUCCAAUCGGACCAACAGAAAAACCUCAUCUAUUUAGACUCUUGUAGUUAUUUAACUUAACCAUUUUCAUAUGUGAUAUUUAUCGAAAUGAAGAUAUUUAAUUUAAACAUCUUUUUUUUCUUCUGUUGACAGGGAAGCAAGCUGUUCAACUUUUCAUGAACUAAAAAAAAGAAGCUUAUCUCAACUAAAAAACUCACUAUGUAAACAAAAGAAUAUUUUAUUACCUCAAAAACGUUAUUCAUUCAGACAAAUAAGAAACAAAUAACACGGCCAAGAGAAUUUUAACACCGCACACCGAAAAAGCGUCACCAGUCCGCUGAUUGGCGCAAGUUUAGGGCGCCUGAAUACGUGGCGUAAACUGCGGACAGCGAUCAUUUCUCGUUUCACUGAUCGAUUUACACGGUGUUUUCAAUAUAUCUUUCGUGCUUUCCGAAUAAACUAUUUUACUUUGAAGACUGUCGCACAUGGCUACGAGCACUAGCGAGAGCCAAACAAGCCUGGGUGAUGGUGAAAAAAGGUAUCACAAUGACAAGUCGAUCGACGAUCGGAUCCACCAGCAGUUAGUGUAUAAAGUGAGAAAACUACAAAGAAGGCUUUGAAUUGGAAGAGAUGUUCAGGAUAACAGGAUAAUAGACUUGAACAAUGUUAUUUUGGACAAGGAGCGACAGAUUCUCGACUUGCAGGUUGAUAUUUUAAACUUUAUAUCAAAAAUAUUCUUCUAUUGUAGGAACGAGUCCGAGAACAAGGUGAAGUUGCAAAUGUUAAGAACCAAGCCUUGCGAAUCGUUCAGCAAAAAUUUGAGGUUUAAAUAUCGUAUAUAAACUAUUUUAUUGUAUUCUCUAGGAAAUUAACCGCGAAAGAAAGGAUAUGUCAACGGAGACGGACAACUCUUUCGUUUUGAGCCCAUCCACGUCGACUUCCUAUUCUGCAAGAACUGAAAAAGUUGAACGAAAUGAGAGAAGAGCCAGGAGUUCCUCACCCGGUCAUGCCAUAGCGAACAGAAGUUGGUUUUUUUUUCAAAAUCAGUGUUGCUUUUUUUUUAACUUUUUUCUCUCAAGUUUCAUAUUGUGAAGCAUUUUUGAGCCCUUUCAGAACUGAAAAUUCGUUUGCAUUUUUAAACAGUUGAAUUUUCAAGGAACAUUCGCCAGUGGAACUUUUUCCCCACCUCCGAUCGAUCCACCAAUUGAUACGGACAACGAUGCCUCUUUUAUCGAAUCUGUAAGUUUUUGAUCUAAGUUUCGUGAAGCCAUUUUUUGAAGGUUAAACACCUGGAUGUGGAUGGGAUCAAGAGAAAGAGCCGGAAACGUGUGACUUUUGACCUUCCCCCGUCGGCUUAUGGGUUUGAAGAAAGUUCUCUUUUUAUAGAGAAUGAUUUUUUCAGUUCCACAGAAGAGCUGGCCUCCGCUUUGACCGAAGCUUCAUCUGAAAAUAGUUUUUUGAGGAAGCAGAUCGAAGAAUUGAACGGAUCUGUGGAGAAAAAUGAAAGAACAGGUGGAAUUUUUGUUUUUAAAUUCAUGAUUUCCAUGCAGUUUUCCCUUUUUUUUUUGAAUAAGUUUUAAGCGACUUUUGAGAAAAAAUUUUUUGAGUUAUCAAUGAACUUCAACCGUUUUUUUUAUGAUUUAUUUCGCUGUUUCAAACAAUUUCUUGUUAAAGUAUCUAUGAAAAUCGGAAUUUUUCCACGAAGUUCUUCCCAUUUUCUCAAAAAUAUAUUCUCACAGUUACGUAUAAUUAAAAAAAAAGUUGGUUUGAGUGAUUCAUCGAAUUUUUGUGAUGCAAAAACUUGAGGGAAUUCGAAAUUUUUUGAUUUUUUUCUUGUGGUUUUAUAUUUCAAGUUCGACUGGAAAUCGUUUUUUUUUUUCAUUAAUCACCUCAUUGUUAAAUCGAAGUUGUAUAGAGCCAUCUUAUACGUUUUCACCCCAGCCUGCAUUUUUAAACAUUAUCUACAAUUUUCAGUACGAGCAAGAAAUUUCCAAGUACUCUCGGGACGCAAAAACAGCCGGUCUGAAGGCGCGUGUUGUGGCGACGGCCCGUAUCAAAUCAUUGGAAGAAACCCUCGAAGAGUGUAAUCGGAAGCAUUCCGAACAGGUUUCCGUAGUGAUUAGGGCGUUUUGAGGAGAGGUUUUGACAGGUGGAGAAACUCCAAGCGGAGGUCGACACGUUGAGAAGCUCCAGGGAGUGGGAGCUGGAGCAGAACGGACAGUUUCGCGAGCAGAUUGCUUAUCUCAAGUCCGUUUUUUUGUAGAGAAAAAAAUGAUAAGAAAUAUGAGUUGAAAUUAUAAUGGAAGCUGAAAAUUUGGGAUACGGUUUUCAACAAUCAGUCGAAUAUGAAACAAAAAACGGCUACUCGUUGAAGUCUUGGGAUUUAGAAUUUUUCUUUUAGCGAAAUAUUCCCAAAUGAGCUCACAAAUUUAAUUUGUGUAAUUUUGAUGCCGAAAGUUUUUCUUAUAAUUUUUCAUUCGCAAAAAAUAAUUAUUACUAUUAAUUUUUUUGUGCUUUGAAAAUGUUUUCAAGGCCUUGUUUUAUGUUUUUUUUUCACUGAAGUAUGUCUGAAAAACCUAAAUAAUAACUUCCAGUAGUUGAAAACUGAAUCAAUUAUUAUCCGAAUAAAAAGCCUUUUCAGAGAAAAAUCUCACAAGUUGAAUGAAGAGCUUGACGUGAGCGAGAAGGCCAAAAGACAACUGGAUGAUGAGAUUCAGGAGGUUUUAAAAAUUUUCGUUUCCAUUUUUUAUCUCUUUUUUAGUCGAAAAAGAUCAUGGAACUGAUGGUGGACGAUUUGUUGGGCGCAGAAAAUCUCAUCGAGUACCAUGAGACCCAGAAAAGAGCCAUUUUUGAGGAUGUCGACAGGCUCAAAGGUUCUUUUAUUUCAAAUGACUAUUUUGAACGGAUUUUUCCGUUUUCAGACGCAAUUCUGGCUCAGGAUCGAUUCAUUGAGAUCCUCGAAGCAGACAUUGUUAUUUAUGAGCAGCACAUCGGCCUUCUCAGAGAGUCUUUGGGAGCUUCCAAGGUGACUUUUUAAUGACUUUUUAGAUUCAAAACCUUAAAGGAAUGUUAGAAAAAAAUGAAUGUCACCAUUUCAGUUGCUGUUUUUUUUAGGAAAUUUUUGUUAUUCUAUUGUUUUUUUAUAAAAAUCUAAGUGUAUUAAAAAAAUAAACUCGAAAUGUUAAAAAAACGAAUAUUGAGUGAAAUAUUUCGUUAAAUCUGUUUCAAAAAUUGAAAUUUCCAUUUAUUAAAAAAUUCUACAUUAUAAAUUCAAUUUUUUGUUCGAAUCAAUUCAUCGGUUUAAUUUCUGACUUCCAAAAAGUUAUUUCCAGAUUGACCACCGCGCUCUAAUAAAAUCGAAAGCCUUUGAAACGAAGCUUUUGGCGUUGGAAAAGGAGAAAGAGAUGAUCAACCGCAAGUCUUCAGGUUCGUUUUUCGAGGAAUUGAGAGAAUCGACGCAUUUCUAUGAUUUCAAGCCUUUUCAAAAUCACACAAUUAGUGUAAGAACCGUUCAUUCUAUAGUACAGAUAACAACGAACGAAUAUCGGAAUGCCAUAGAAAAAUGGGAUGUAUAAGGCUGGAAAAGAGAAAUUUCAAGCCGCUUCGAAGAAAACAACCCGAAAAAUUAUUAAAAUUAAUAAGAUGAGAAGAAGGCUACUCCAAAAUGGAAUAUGACAAAGCGGAGAAAAUUUCAGAAACGGGAUAG